AUGGUGGACAUGGAGAGCCCCAUCUGUCCCCUGUCCCCGCUGGAGGCCGACGACCUGGAAAGCCCGUUAUCUGAAGAAUUCCUGCAAGAAAUGGGAACCAUUCAAGAGAUUUCUCAGUCCAUUGGUGAGGACAGUUCUGGAAGCUUUAGUUUUACAGACUACCAGUACUUAGGAAGCGGUCCGGGAUCAGAUGGAUCCGUUAUUACAGACACCCUGUCUCCAGCCUCCAGCCCCUCGUCCGUCACCUACCCUGUGGCUCCUGCUGGUGCUGACGAGUCGCCCAGCGUGGCACUGAACAUCGAAUGUAGAAUCUGUGGGGACAAAGCCUCGGGCUACCACUACGGAGUUCAUGCCUGUGAAGGUUGCAAGGGCUUCUUUCGGAGAACCAUUCGGCUAAAGCUGGUCUAUGACAAAUGUGAUCGGAGCUGUAAGAUUCAGAAAAAGAAUCGGAAUAAAUGCCAGUAUUGUCGUUUCCACAAGUGCCUCUCCGGGAUGUCCCAUAAUGCAAUUCGAUUUGGGCGCAUGCCAAGGUCUGAAAAAGCCAAACUGAAAGCAGAAAUCCUCACAUGUGAACAUGACCUAGAAGAUGCCGAGACCGCAGAUCUCAAGUCUCUCGCCAAGAGGAUUUACGAGGCCUACUUGAAGAACUUCAACAUGAACAAGGUCAAGGCCCGGGUCAUCCUCGCGGGAAAGGCCAGCAAUAACCCGCCUUUCGUCAUACACGACAUGGAGACACUGUGUAUGGCCGAGAAGACGCUCGUGGCCAAGCUGGUGGCCAACGGCAUCCAGAACAAGGAGGCGGAGGUCCGCAUCUUCCACUGCUGCCAGUGCACGUCCGUCGAGACCGUCACGGAGCUCACGGAGUUCGCCAAGUCCAUCCCGGGGUUCGCAAGCUUGGACUUGAACGACCAGGUCACGCUGCUGAAGUACGGCGUCUACGAGGCCAUCUUCGCCAUGCUGUCCUCUGUGAUGAACAAGGACGGGAUGCUGGUGGCUUACGGCAAUGGCUUCAUCACGCGCGAGUUCCUCAAGAGCCUGAGGAAACCCUUCUGCGACAUCAUGGAGCCCAAGUUUGACUUCGCCAUGAAGUUCAAUGCGCUGGAGCUGGACGACAGUGACCUUUCCCUCUUUGUGGCUGCUAUCAUUUGCUGCGGAGACCGGCCCGGCCUCCUAAACGUAGGACACAUUGAGAGAAUGCAGGAGGGUAUCGUGCAUGUGCUCAAACUUCACUUGCAGACCAACCACCCCGACGACGUCUUUCUCUUCCCCAAACUCCUGCAAAAGCUGGCGGACCUGCGGCAGCUGGUCACGGAGCAUGCGCAGCUGGUGCAGGUGAUCAAGAAGACGGAGGCGGACGCCGCGCUGCACCCGCUGCUGCAGGAAAUUUACAGGGACAUGUACUGA